UUCUCCUCCCCUACCCCUCUCUUCAGUGUCAUUAUGGUGUUGAUUUCAAAUACAGUUAGGUUCAUUUGUUUAUGUUUCAUUUUGGGUUCUUCUCUCCCAUUAAAAAAAAAAAAAAGUGUGUGAACCAUUAACAUGGUUUUAAAAGGACUAUCCAAAAAGACUACUGUGAUAUAAAAGUUAAUGACUUUUAAUUGUGUUUGUUCUUUCAGGGAAUCAUUUAUUGCUUCACUAUUACAACAAAUAUGUGAAAGAUCCUGUCAACCAGUGAGAGUUUCCUUCUUCAGAUAUUCUUUGUUCUACUUAUUGCACAACUUUCUCAGAGGAUCCUUUUUGGUGCCAUGUUCUGUGGCUUGCAUCAAAAGAGGAAUUUGUCUUCAUGAAGAUUCCCAACAUUGGUAAUGUGAUGAAUAAAUUUGAGAUCCUUGGGGUUGUAGGUGAAGUAUUGCAGUUUGAGACUGAGGUGGUAAAGCUGCCGACUAGAGAAGGUCAACACAUAGGAUGUGACACGGUUAUAAUGCUCCAGCUUCUGGGCCUAAGGUUUUCUGGAACACAACCUUGUUUUUCUUGGCAUGCCCAUAGGAGCCUAUGGAGUUGUACUUAAAUGCAGACACAAGGAAACACAUGAAAUUGUGGCAAUCAAGAAAUUCAAGGACAGUGAAGAAAAUGAAGAAGUUAAGGAAACGACUCUACGAGAGCUUAAAAUGCUUCGGACUCUCAAACAGGAAAACAUUGUGGAGCUGAAGGAAGCUUUUCGUCGGAGGGGGAAAUUGUAUUUGGUGUUUGAGUAUGUUGAAAAAAAUAUGCUUGAGUUGCUGGAAGAAAUGCCGAAUGGCGUUCCACCUGAAAAAGUAAAAAGCUAUAUCUACCAACUAAUCAAAGCAAUUCACUGGUGCCAUAAGAAUGACAUUGUUCACAGAGAUAUAAAACCAGAAAAUCUCUUAAUCAGCCACAAUGAUGUUUUGAAACUCUGUGACUUUGGUUUUGCUCGGAAUUUGUCUGAAGGCAAUAAUGCUAAUUACACAGAAUAUGUGGCCACCAGGUGGUAUCGUUCCCCGGAACUCUUACUUGGAGCUCCCUAUGGAAAAUCGGUAGACAUGUGGUCAGUGGGCUGUAUUCUUGGGGAGCUUAGUGAUGGACAGCCUUUAUUUCCUGGAGAAAGCGAAAUUGACCAACUUUUUACUAUUCAGAAGGUGCUAGGACCCCUUCCACCUGAGCAGAUGAAGCUCUUCUACAGUAAUCCUCGCUUCCACGGGCUCCGGUUCCCAGCUGUUAACCAUCCUCAGUCAUUGGAGAGAAGAUACCUUGGGAUUUUAAAUAGUGUUUUACUUGACUUAAUGAAGAACUUACUGAAGUUGGAUCCAGCUGACAGAUACUUGACAGAACAGUGUUUGAAUCACCCUACAUUUCAAACCCAGAGACUUUUGGAUCGUUCCCCUUCAAGGUCAGCAAAAAGAAAACCUUACCACGUGGAAAGCAACACAUUGUCUAAUAGAAACCAAGCCAGCAAAAGUACUGCUUUACAGUCUCACCACCGAUCUAACAGUAAGGACAUCCAGAACCUAAGUGCUGGUCUGUCCCGGGCUGACGAAGGUCUUCCCGCCAACGAAAGCUUCCUAAAUGGAAAUCUUGCUGGAGCUACCCUUAGUCCAAUGCACACCAAAACCUACCAAGCAAGCAGCCAGCCUGGGUCUGCCAGCAAAGAUCUCACCACCAACAAUAUACCACACCUUCUCAGCCCUAAGGAAGCCAAGUCAAAAACAGAAUUUGAUUUUAAUAUCGACCCAAAGCCUUCAGAAGGCCCGGGUACAAAGUAUCUCAAGUCAAGCAGCAGAUCUCAGCAGACCCGACACUCAUUUAUAGAAAGCUCGCAGAGCAAAGCUGGAACACUACAGCCCAGUGAAAAGCAGAGUCGGCAUAGCUAUAUUGACACCAUUCCCCAGUCCUCUAGGAGUCCCUCCUACAGGACCAAGGCCAAAAGCCAUGGGGCAUUGAGUGACUCCAAGUCUGUGAGCAAUCUAUCUGAAGCCAGAGCCCAAAUGGCAGAGUCCAACACCAGUAGGUACUUCCCAUCCAGCUGUUUGGACUUGAACUCUCCCACCAGCCCAACCCCCACCAGGCACAGCGACACGAAAACUUUGCUCAGCCCUUCGGGGAGAAAUAACCGAAGUGAGGGUACUCUUGACUCACGCCGAACCACAACCCGGCAUUCUAAAACAAUGGAGGAGCUGAAGCUGCCUGAGCACAUGGACAGCAGCCAUUCCCACUCACUGUCUGCACCUCAUGAGUCCUUUUCUUAUGGGCUGGGCUACACCAGCCCCUUCUCCUCCCAACAGCGUCCUCAUAGGCAUUCCAUGUAUGUGACCCGAGACAAAGUGAGAGCCAAAGGCUUGGACGGAAGCUUGAGCAUAGGGCAAGGGAUGGCUGCCAGAGCCAACAGCCUGCAGCUCUUAUCACCUCAGGUACAGCUUAGAACCUUGACCAGAUCUGUUGGCUCAUCCUGGGAAUGUGGUGCGGAGGAUGUGAGUAGGCCUGGUGACCAACUCCCUCCAGAGAUGACUGUAGCAAGAUCUUCAGUUAAAGAGUCCUCCAGAGAAGGCACUUCUUCAUUUCACUCACGUCAGAAGUCUGAGGGUGGAGUGUAUCAUGACCCACACUCUGAUGAUGGCACAGCCCCCAAAGAAAAUAGACAUCUGUACAACGAUCCUGUUCCGAGGAGAGUUGGUAGCUUUUACAGAGUGCCAUCUCCACGUCCAGAUAAUUCUUUCCAUGAAAAUAAUGUUUCAAACAGAGUUUCUUCAUUACCAUCAGAGAGCAGUUCUGGAACUAACCACUCAAAAAGACAAACAGCAUUCGAUCCAUGGAAAAGUCCUGAAAAUAUUAGUCAUUCCGAACAACUCAAGGAGAAGGAAAAGCAAGGGUUUUUCAGGUCCAUGAAAAAGAAAAAGAAAAAAUCUCAAACAGUGCCCAAUUCCGAUAGCCCAGAUCUUCUCACAUUACAGAAAGCCAUUCACUCUGCUGGCACCCCAAGUAGCAGACCAAAGGAGUGGCGUCCCGAGAAGAUCUCAGAUCUACAGACACAAAGCCAGCCAUUAAAAUCACUGCGCAAGCUGUUACAUCUCUCUUCAGCCUCAAGUCACCCGGCUUCCUCAGAUCCCCGCUUUCAGCCGUUAACAACUCAACAAGCCAAAAAUUCCUUCUCAGAAAUUCGGAUUCACCCCAUGAGCCAGGCCUCUAGUGGGAGCAGUAACAUCCGGCAGGAGCCCACACCAAAGGGCAGGCCAGCCCUCCAGCUGCCAGGUCAGAUGGACCCUGGUUGGCACGUGUCCUCUGUGACCAGGAGUGCCACAGAGGGGCCUUCCUACUCUGAACAGCUAGGUGCCAAGAAUGGGCCAAACGGGCACCCUUAUAACAGAACAAAUCGAUCACGAAUGCCAAACCUGAACGAUUUAAAAGAGACAGCCUUGUAAUUUGUGC